CGACUAUGACAAGAAUAAGGGCAGCACAAAACUUCGUUGUAGUUUUUUUAUACAACCCUAAUACGAUGAGUUCAUAGCUUCACAUCUUCAGCUGUACUGUUCCCUUAAGCAACCGCACAGAUUGUCGUUCUAUUUCAGAUAGCUGUCAUUUACAGCGAUUUACAGAUGGAUAUUUUUUUGUCGUGGCAACUGGUAGUUACAUCGAUUCUUUUUCUGACAAGUGUUGCUUACUCGGAAUUGGAAUUAUCCGAAUUAUUUGAUCCCCCAAUCGAUUCUAGCCCAUACUACCAAACUCUUAAGGAUAAAACGGCAAUUAAAUUCUCCUCCAUGCUGUACAAAUCUGUCUGUGUCAAUAUUUACGACAGUCAAACCACUUCAAACAACAAGAAAAUCUAUUUCUUUUCGCCGAUCGCUCUCCUAAAUAACUUGGACGUCGCUUCUAUUCACAAUCUAACGGUUCCCCAGGUCAGUGUCGGUUUUUCAAUUUGGAAUCAAGAAGUCAGAAAAGAAGUCACCGAACACCUCAACCAGCUACUCAGUGAAAAAAUCGAGCCCAGUCACGUGAAAGUCCUUCCCUUCAACAGUGUUAGGCUGACCAGCAAAGUGCAAUCUGCUGAUUUCUCAAUGACCAAUGAGUGGCUCCCGUAUGGCAAUCAGCAAUUACUCAGGUUUACCUUGAUUUGUCCGACACGGGAAGAUUGCAAUCGAGUGAAAAGUGAAAUGGAAAUCAACCCUAAACAAUUUGAGCAUUUGCAACUUGAUUUCAAACCUCAGUUGAAGGAUGGAAUAGCUCCGAAAGAUUUUUCAACACAAGUGGAAGAAUUAAAAAGAAAAAUUGAAGAAACCAAUUUGAAUUUCGACAAAGAAUUGAAAAAAUUUUCAGAUGCUUCUGAUGACGUCGCUGAAAAAUUUUACAGCAUGUUGCAAGAAACGAAACAAGAAUUAUUGGGAAACAUCGAAAACAAAUUUGAAAAAGAGCUAGACGCCAUAAGGGAUGGAUAUUUGGAAAAUUUACGAAAAUCAGAAGCAGCAUCUCAAGUUGCCACGGACAUUUUGAAAAAAGAACUACAUGUUACCAAAAAGGAAUUUGCAGCAACUUCACAAAUGUUAGCAGAUAAAAUCAAAGUCACGGAAGAAAAUCUGGCAGAAUUUAGAAAUCACGAAAAAUGAGCUUACACAUACGAAUGGAAUAGUCAAGAAAUUGUCGGCAAAAUUAAACGAAACUUUAAGUGAUUUGGAAACUGCAACGACAAACUUGGCCUCAGCAACGAGAACGCAAUUGAACAGUACAAAGUCUGCUAUUGCGGAUUUGACAAGAAAAUCAAAUGCCCAACCAAGUGAAAUAGUUGACAUUGGCCAAAUGCCUACCUCCUGUGCGGAUCUGCUGAGAACGGGACAUAAACUGAGCGGAUUCUUUUUGGUGAAAGGAUUGAAAAAGAUGGAAAUGGUUUACUGUAAAUUUUAUCCUAAUGGAAAUGAUUUUCAAAAAUGGAUCGGAUAUGCCGACGUCAAAUCAGCGACUGUUCAUUUCUACGCCCAGAGAAUCAAGUCAUAUUCCACAGAAUCAACUCCGAUUCGUUCGAUUUCGCUCGGACGAACGAGGGAAAUGCCAUGGAUUUGACAUCGGGAAUAUUCACUGCUCCGCGACCCGGAAUUUAUUUCUUUUCAUUCACGGGACUGGCGAAUUUUCCAUACUCAUCAUCUGUUGUCUAUUUCGGAGUUGGUCUUUAUUUGAACGGGGUUCGAAUCGGGUUAGGUUACGUUGAAGAGGCAAACACCGCCGCUGGUCAAUCAAGUCCAUUAACCCUCCAGUCGACGCAGAACUUGAAAAAAGGCGAUCGGGUCUGGGUGCAGAUUUAUUUCUUGUCAGUGGGCGUGAAAUUGCUUGACAGCAGUAACCACUACACCCAUUUUACUGGUUUCAUGUUGGAGGAGGAAAUUGUCGCGUCCUUAUGAGUGCCGAUCAUUCGAAAUGCGCAAAAUGCAAUAACGUGACAACAAAAUACAUGAUUAGCUGCUGAUGA